AAUCAGGAGCCGAUCGCGACACAGCGAAUGCCGGCAUCUGCCUCUUCUUCCCUUCCUUCCUGCUCCCCCGUCUUCUCCCUCGUCGCCUUCUCUUUCUUUUCGUUUUAACCCUCGCCUCCUCCGCCCCCUGGUGGCCGCGCCGGAGCACCGCCUCGCCGCCCCGAUCCCGUUGUUCGACGCGAUGCAGCCGCAGAUGGGGAACGAGAGGCCCGGCGCCCCCGUCCGGCCCGUCUCCGCCUUCGUGCCUGGCGCCGCCGUCCCUCCACCGCCGGGGGCGUCCUCGCCGUUCGCCGCCGGUAGCCCAUUCGUGCACCCCGGCGCCGCCCCGCUGCCGCGGCAGGGCGUGCCGCCACCGCAGGCGGCUGGGCCGCCGCCGUUCGGGGUUGGGCCACCCGCGGCAAUUGGUGGGUACAGGGGUUUAUCGCCACCUCAGGGCCCCUUUGGCACGGCGCUGCCGUCCCAGGGUCCCUUUGCUGCCGUGUCAUCGCCUCAGGGACCCUUCACCUCCGCGCCUCCGUCUCAGGCCCCCUUUGCCUCCGCUCCACCGCCUCAGGGCCCCUUUGCGUCCGCUCGGUCGCCUCAGGGCACCUUUACGUCCGCUCCGUUGCCUCAGGGCCCCUUUGCUGCCUCACCAGCACCUUUUCGCUCCCCGCAAUCGGCUCUUUCGCAGCCACAAUCUCCCACGGGAGGCGCUAUGCCUCCACCGCCAACAUAUGUGAGGCCACCACCAGUACAGUCGCAGGCACCGCCCAUGCAAGGGUAUUACCCUGGUGCGCCUCCUGCAAACCCUCCAUUCCUGAUGUCGAGGCCAGCAUUUCAACAGCCAGUGCAGACCAUGCCACCACCUCCAAUUGGCCCCGCUGGCGCUUUUGGUAAUCAGGCAGCGUAUCCGAGCGCUGGGCCUCCGGUUGGGGGCACGCUUCAGAGCUUAGUGGAGGACUUUCAGUCGUUGUCGCUGAGUUCCGCACCUGGGUCACUUGACCCUGGUGUUGAUGUGAAAGGGCUGCCAAGACCUUUGGAUGGUGACGAGGAGCCAGUUAAGUUUUUGGAGGCAUACCCAUUGAACUGCCAUCCGAGGUAUUUCCGGCUGACGACCCAUGCGAUUCCGGCGUCUCAGUCAUUGGUCUCCAGGUGGCAUUUGCCCCUCGGGGCAGUGGUACAUCCUCUUGCAGAAUCACCUGAUGGGGAGGAAGUGCCAGUUAUCAACUUUGGGUCUGCAGGUGUCAUCCGUUGUCGAAGAUGCAGGACAUAUAUAAAUCCUUAUGUAACAUUUGCAGAUGCUGGAAGGAAAUGGCGAUGCAAUCUUUGCACGUUGCUCAAUGACGUUCCUGGAGACUACUUCUGUGCCCUUGAUGCUAGUGGCAGAAGGUAUGAUAUGGAUCAAAGACCUGAACUCUCGAAGGGAACAAUAGAGUUUGUCGCUUCUACAGAAUAUAUGGUGCGACCACCAAUGCCACCUUCCUAUUUCUUUCUUAUUGAUGUGUCAGUAUCUGCAGUUCGAAGUGGGUUGCUUGAGGUUGUUGCAAAGACCAUCAAAUCAUGCCUUGAUGAUCUUCCAGGCUUUCCACGAUCACAGAUUGGAUUCUUAACCUUUGACAGCACAUUGCAUUUUCAUAACUUCAAGUCUUCAUUGUCACAGCCUCAAAUGAUGGUCGUUGCUGAUUUGGAUGAUGUUUUCCUGCCAUUGCCUGAUGAUCUAUUGGUUAAUUUGGUUGACUCCAGACAUGUUGUCGAGUCAUUUCUCGAUAGCUUGCCAAAUAUGUUUCAUGACAAUGUAAAUGUCGAGUCUGCUCUUGGUCCAGCACUUAAAGCAGCUUUCAUGGUUAUGAGUCAAAUUGGUGGGAAGUUGCUCGUCUUCCAGAGUACAUUGCCAUCUCUCGGUAUUGGUCGCCUGAGACUUCGAGGAGAUGAUGUUCGUGCAUAUGGAACAGAUAAGGAGCAUACUCUAAGGGUACCAGAAGAUCCCUUCUACAAACAGAUGGCUGCUGAAUUCACAAAAAAUCAGAUUGCAGUGGACAUGUUUUUUUUCAGUGAGAAGUACUCUGAUGUAGCUUCCUUAGGUACUUUGGCAAAAUAUACUGGUGGUCAGGUGUACCAUUAUCCAUCAUUCCAGGCAGCUACCCACGGGGACAAACUUAAACUUGAGCUUAAUAGAGACCUUACACGAGAGACUGCUUGGGAAUCUGUUAUGCGUAUCAGAUGCGGAAAAGGGGUACGGUUCACAACCUAUCAUGGUCAUUUCAUGCUAAGGUCCACAGACUUGUUAGCCCUUCCAGCUGUUGACUCUGAUAAAGCUUUUGCAAUGCAACUGUCGCUAGAGGAGACCUUAAUGAUCACCCAGACUGUAUACUUCCAAGUGGCAUUGCUAUAUACAUCCUCUUCCGGUGAAAGGCGUAUCAGGGUGCACACAGCAGCUGCACCUGUGGUUACAGAUCUUAGUGAAAUGUAUCGUCAAGCAGACACUGGUGCCAUUGUGUCAUUGUUGGGUAGAAUUGCUGUUGAAAAUUCACUGGCUGAUAAGCUGGACAGUGUCCGACAGCAAUUACAGUUAAAGCUUGUGAGAAGUUUGAAGGAAUAUCGGAACCUAUAUGUUGUACAACACCGGAUCGGAGGGAGACUGAUUUAUCCAGAAUCUUUAAGGUUCUUGCCAUUAUACAUCCUUGCCAUAUGCAAAUCUCUUGCUCUCCGUGGAGGUUACGCAGAUGUCUCUCUUGAUGCGCGUUGUGCUGCUGGUUUCAGCAUGAUGAUACUGCCUGUAAAAAGGUUGCUCAAUUUUAUCUAUCCUUCACUGUACAGGGUUGAUGAAGUAUUGACAAUGGAACCACAUAGGAUUGAUGGUUCAUUGAAGCGGUUGCCAUUAACAAUGCAAUGUUUAGAUACUGGAGGUAUAUACCUCCUUGAUGACGGCUUCACUUUCCUAGUAUGGUUAGGUCGAAUGCUCCCACCUGAACUUGUGAACAACAUUCUUGGAGUCAGCUUGGCAAACUUCCCUGAUCUAUCAAAGAUUCAGUUGAGAGAAUGUGACAACGAGUACUCAAGAAAUUUCAUGAAAAUACUAAAAACCCUACGGGAGAAGGAUCCAUCCUAUUACCAGCUAUGCCUUGUUGUGCGACAGGGUGAACAGCCAAGAGAAGGCUUUUUGCUUUUAUCUAACCUUGUUGAGGACCAGAUGGCUGGAACAAGCAGUUAUGUCGAUUGGAUACUGCAAAUUCACCGCCAAACACAAAGCUAAUGACGAUGAACGAAUGGGAAGCGACCCUCCAAAAUUUUGCCUUAGUGUAAACUGCUGCAGAAUGUAGAUUCAGAUCAGUUGCUGCCAGUUCAAACACCAUCAGAUCUAACUCGCAAGUCCGUGGUCCAGUAUGCCAUUCCUGUAAGCAGCAUGAAGUUGGCAGGCAAAGCUUUUAUUGUUAAUAUUUGUCCUUGUGAUUAUUUUUUUUCGCAGAGUGAGAAUACAGCUGUUGUAAUAGAAUAAGUAGGCAACAUACCGUUGGUAACUUAUACAACUGGAGUCGUGUAGUGGUCUGUACGUUUCUUAAUCUUGUGCUCUUUCUUGUUCAGAAUUCUAGUUGGGUUCAGUUUCUUGGCAUUUGGAUUCUCAAAGGUUCAUUUUGUAAACUCAUUUUUGACAAUUAGUCUGUUUGUAAUGGGAGAGCUCUAAUUUAACUGUUAUACUGUUUUAUUCA